AUGAAGUAUAUCUUCACAACACUCCUCCUCUCCCUCUUCGCAGCCAUAGAUCCAUAUACAGUGCAAUGUUUUUUGAAAGGCGGUGCCUACAUGAAACACAUCGACGAGCUGAAGAAAGCGGUCACAAAGGGACAGUCAACCAGCUUCCUGAUCCCUCCCAAACUCGAUUCCGGGGAGUGCGAGUCCCUGAAAUGUGUUGAAGCUAGUGCUCUUAAUUGGUGCAAUUAUAAUAGAAAAAGCGCAAGCCAGAUCGAACCCAGCGAUAUCGCCGAUGCUGUCGACAUCCUAGUCAAAUACUGCAAACGGGGGGAUCGCGUGAACGGCGAGCUUUACUACCCUGGAAAGCGCAUGGUUGCUCUUCAGUUUCACCACACCGAGAGUAAGUGUGUGGAGCACAAGUUCACUGAGGACAAGGAGAAUGGUAUCCACGGCGACUGGAUGACUAUUGGGCCUGGUUAA